AUGAUUUUGUUCCUAGUUUAUGGAUUAUCCAUUGAACAAAAUUGCUCAUUUUUGGGAAAAGGUAAUUGAAUUUUAUUUUUAUCACCCUCAAAUUAGCAGAAAUUGUAGGUCUUGCAAAAGAUAACAGUUGAAAAGUUGGUUUCAGAAUAUCGUUUAUUACAAACAGUUUAUUCGCUUUUCAAAAUGGACAAGAAAGUUCCUUCAAUUUUUAAUCCACAAAUAAAGCAGAGUAAUUUCAAUAUAAAAAGAAAUAGCUUUAAAAGGAGAUGA